UAUGUGGGGAGUCUAGAUAGGCGAUGAUCAUUUCAAUCAGUGUUAUUAUUUAAGGGGCAUUAACGCCAAAUACUCUUAUCACUUGCACAGUUGCACCACCAUUUGAACACAUACCAUAUCUUUUUCUUGUUUUCUUGUUGGUAGAAAAAUGUGGGUAAAUGUUGGUCUGAGUAUAGCAGCAAUUCUUGUUAUUUUGAUAACACACUGGAUUAUCAAAUGGAGGAAUCCAAAAUGCAAUGGAGUUCUCCCUCCUGGCUCCAUGGGAUUGCCUUUCAUUGGAGAGACCCUCCAUCUCCUCAUCCCCAGUUACUCUCUUGAUCUCCAUCCAUUCAUCAAAAACAGAAUUCAAAGAUAUGGGAGUGUAUUUAGAACAAGUCUGGCAGGUAGACCAGUGGUAAUAUCAGCAGAUCCAGAGUUGAACAAUUAUGUGCUUUCUCAAGAAGGCAAGCUGGUUGAACUUUUCUACCUGGACACGUUUUCCAAGAUCUGCAAGCAUGAAGGUGAAUCUCGAACUAAUGAAGCUGGUGGGGUCCACAAGUAUGUGAGGAGCACUUUUCUUAGCCAAUUUGGUGCUGAGAUGCUCAGAGAGAAAUUGAUCCCCCAAAUUGAAGAUUUCGUCACUAAAACUCUAAAUUCAUGGUCAUCUCAGGACUCUGUUGAAGUUAAACUUGCAUCUUCUUUGAUGGUUCUUAAUUUCAGUGCAAAGCAAAUGUUCAGCUAUGAUGCAGAAAAAUCAUCAUUCAAUUUAGGGGAGAAAUACACCAGAGUCAGGGAUGGUCUGUUUUCUUUUCCCAUCAACAUCCCUGGUACAACUUACUAUAAGUGUCAACAGGAUCAGAAAAAGGUGACAGACAUGUUGAAGGAUAUUUUUAAGGAGAAACGCCGCGAUGCAAAAAAUAUUUCAGGUGAAAAUGAUUGUAAGGAGAAAAAUGGAGGAGGUGAUUUAUUGGAUCGGAUAAUCAGAGACAUGGAGAAAGAAAAUUUCUUAUCAGAAGAAUUUAUAGUGCAGCUGUUAUAUGUGGGCAUAGCUGCUACAUUUGAGUCUGUUUCAGUAAUUGUGGCUUUAGCUUUCCUCUUACUCGAAGACCAUCCCCAUGCAUUGCAGGAGAUGAUUGCUGAGCAAGAGGCGGUUCUCAAUAAAAAGAGAUCAGAGAAUAGUCCAAAUCGACGGCUCAACUGGGAUGAUUAUAAAUCCAUGACUUUUACUCUUCAAGUCAUCAAUGAAACACUUAGACUGGGAAAUGGAGCACCAGGUUUAUUACGGAAAGCACUGAAAGAUAUUGAAGUGAAAGGAAAAGGAUAUACAAUACCAGCAGGUUGGAGUAUUAUGCUUGUCACGUCUGCACUUCACAUGAAUCCUAAUACCUUUGACGAUCCUCUCCAAUUCAAUCCAUGGCGUUGGAAGGAGCUUGAGUCACAUAUUAUACCAAAGAAUUUCAUGCCGUUUGGAGGAGGAACAAGGCAAUGCGCAGGAGCUGAGUAUAGUAGAGUUUUCCUGUCCCUUUUUUUCCAUGUGUUGCUCACCAAAUAUAGGUGGACAAUUAUCAAAAGGGAAAAAGUUGCUCGAAAUCCUGUUAUAGGAUUUGGGAAAGGCGUGCACAUCAAGUUCUCACACAAGGAAUGAUGACCAUAUUAUAUUUCUAUUUGGAAAAAAGUUGGUUUCUAUAAUCUGUAGAAAUACCUUUCUUUUUCUUUUCUGUUUUAUGUGGUCGAUUAUCGUACAAAUGUAUCUUUGAAUAAGUCAUACAUGAUGUAAAAAUAUAUUAUUCUCAUUUUAUUUUCUCUUUAGUGUGUACUGCUGUUGGUUUUCCACCAACUUGCAGACCAAAUCAUAUGUAUGAGAUUUAUUAAAUCUUAUUGUAUUUGGAACAUUUUACCUGGUAAUUGUAUUGUAUUUUAAAUA